CACCCUGGAGCCCCCCAGCUCGGGUUCUCCAUCCCAACAGUCUCGGCCGCCUCCCCGAAAAACUACAAUUCCCAGCAGGCGCGGCGGGGAGCCCACACUCCCAGCGUGCUCUUAGGCGCGGCCCGCCCCUGGCAUUAACCCUUUAGUGCCUGCAGCCUGGCGGCGAGCCUACCCGGCGGGGGCGAGGUGGGAAGGGGGAGUGGAGAGACGGGGGUGCGGGACGGGCGCAGCAGGGCUGAAGAGCAUGGGAUCCGGGGGCCCUGGUGAGGAAGGCGUCCAGAGUUAACCGAGAACAGAGUCCCAGUUGUGGACACGGCGGGCAUAGAGCGCCGCCCUUCGCAAAACUAGGAAUCUGGAUUUUCCUGCAAAUCGAACCAUUUCGGGACCCUGGUCCGGGCGGCGCUGAGCGGGCGGAGGGCGAGGUAAAGGCGUCUGCCGCAGCUAAAUGCCCCCCUCUACCCGACGCACACCUUCGCCUUCGAUCCGAAACGUCCGGGGACAGAGGAAAGUGGCAAAGUGGGCGAAGGCGAGGACGACCCUGCCGCCCGCCCCUCCCACAGAAUGCCCGAGGGCCCUGAGCUGCACCUGGCCAGCCACUUUGUGAAUGAGGCAUGCCGGGGGCUGGUGUUUGGCGGGUGUGUGGAGAAGUCUUCCGUCAGCCGCAACCCCGAGGUGCCCUUUGAGAGCAGUGCCUACUGCAUUGCGGCCUCAGCCCGUGGCAAGGAGCUGCGCCUGACACUGAGCCCUCUGCCUGGGGCCCAGCCCCCACAGGAGCCGCUGGCCCUCGUCUUCCGCUUUGGCAUGUCCGGCUCCUUCCAGUUGGCGCCCGGAGAUGCGCUGCCACCCCAUGCCCAUCUUCGCUUUUAUACAGCUCCACCUGGCCCGCGGCUCGCCCUGUGCUUUGUGGACAUCCGCCGAUUCGGCCGCUGGGACCUCGGGGGCAAGUGGCAGCCGGGCCGAGGGCCCUGUGUCUUGCUGGAGUAUGAGCUGUUCAGGGAAAACGUGCUACGAAACCUGGCGGACAAAGCCUUUGACCGGCCCAUCUGCGAGGCCCUCCUGGACCAGAGGUUCUUCAAUGGCAUUGGCAACUAUUUGCGAGCAGAGAUCCUGUUCCGGCUGAGGAUCCCCCCCUUCGAGAAGGCCCGAACGGUUCUGGAGGCCCUGCAGCAGCGCAGGCCGAGCCCGGAGCUGCCUCAGAGCCCGGAGCUGACCCUGAGCCAGAAGAUCAGGGCCAAGCUGCAGAACCCGGACCUGCUGGAGCUGUGCCACUCAGUGCCCAAGGAAGUGGUCCAGCUGGGGGGCAAAGGCUACGGGCCGGAGAGCGGGGAGGAAGACUUCGCUGCCUUUCGAGCCUGGCUGCGGUGCUAUGGCGUGCCAGGCAUGAGCUCCCUGCAGGACCGGCAGGGCCGCACCAUCUGGUUCCAGGUUUGGGCCCCACUGCUCACACAGGGGGAUCCUGGACCCCUGGCACCCAAAGGGCGCAAGUCCCGCCAAAAGAAAUCCAAGGCAACACGGCCGAGUCCUGAGGACAGAGCGGAGAACCCUCCACCUCCAAUCAAGGCCCCUUCAAGGACACGAAGGGCAUGGAGAGACCCUCCCGAGAAGACCGCAACCCAGCAGCCUGAGGGGACCAGCCCCCAACAGGACCCAGAAGCUCCCACAGUCCCUGAGAAAGGGAGGAGGAAGGGGCAACGGGCCACCCCUGGUGGGCUUUCCUCAGCACCCGCCUCUGGGGAGGGAAGGGGCACCACAGACACUGGCUCUUCAGGAGAGGAUGGGAUGGCAGUGCAGGACCCCAUGGACAAAGGUGGGGGGGAGGCCGUCGGGGCAGCCCGGCCUGGGAGUCUGCGCUAACCCUCUCGCCUGCUUUCUGCCUCUCCCCAGGCCGCCGCCGCAGACCCCGGAAGAUUAAGGCCGACGCUCCAUCCUUGGAACCGGAGGGGACCUCAGCCUCUUAACAAGAGGGUCUUCUUCCUUACAGCUAGCCUUUCCCUCUGUCUUGCCCUGAACCUGGGGGCCUGUCUGAAUCCUAGAAGCAGGCGGCAUCUCAAGGGGGCCCCUAUGCCUCAAGCCCCGUGGCUGUUCCCUGUACAACUGCGAUGUUUUUAAUUGUACCCAACCUUCCAUAUUUUUAAAGCCCACGUGAAAAAUGCUGUAUUUUUCAUAAACUGAUAAAUUUGAA